GUCAGAUAUUAUCUCUGAUGGAUUCCGAGUCGGAUGCAUGCUCCAACUUUUACGACUUCACCUGCGGUCAGUACGGCAGAGCUCCCGGACAGACAGAAUCAGUGGACAAAAGCUCUGCGGACGUCGUCUAUUUUUCAGCAAAAAGACUCUUAGAAUCUAGAGAAAAUAAUGGAGUACAAGGUCUGGAUUCUGUGAAGGCUCUCUAUUCUGCUUGCAUGGAGUUCGGCUUUCUGAAAGACGGCCAAAGUCCUGAAGAGUUGGUGAGACGCUUGCUGGCCACCUUCCAGAUAGGCAAAUGGCCGUUGAUCGAGAACUUCUACGAAGAUGAGCCUCCUUUGACUUUGGAGCAGAGGCUCACCGCCCUCGCGUUGGUGGAUGUUCCGGUGGCAUUCCGGAUGGAGGUGGUGCCGGAUAAUCAGGUUCCCGGAUCGUAUCUCGUCAAGCUGUCCCCAGGCGGUCCGCGGGAAUCUAUGCGCACUCCCGAAGACAUUCGAAGCGAUGUUCUACUUCGUGAUGGUAUGAGAAUCCAGUUCAUCCGAUUGGGAUCGUCUGAAGCAAAGGUGGGUUCCGAAGUGGAAGACAUUGUGGGCAUGGACGCUUAUUUCGCGCAGGUGGAACAGGAUACAGAUGUCGACUGCAACACCGUGGACCUUAUUCCACCAGCAGAUGUGGUAGAAGAGUUGCAGAGACUCAUUCCUGAGGCAGAUUGGAAGAGCAUUAUUUCAAUGAUUCAGGAAGCCGCUGGGCUGGUCCGCCCUUUCGCUGUCGAGCUGCACUGCCGAGUAAAGAUCAGGGACUACAUUGUGCAUCUGGAUGGACUACCGUUCAGGAGUCUAUACAAUUACCUGGGAUGGCGAUUUUUCUCUAAAUUCUCCCACUACAUGGGGCCUGAUUUUAUGCAGCCCCGCUCGGAAAAAGGGUACGGCGUCGUGCCCAGGUGGAGAAGUUGCUUGGCGCUGAUCGAAAAGUUCGCAGGUCCGGCCCUGGCUGAUGCUCUCACAGCUCAACAGGAAGAGAAAAUUCACGCAAAAGCCAAUGAAAUUGUGAAUGCUACUUUGUCUACCACAGAGAGGCUGCUGUCAGGAGCAAGGUGGCUUUCAUCUUCGGAAAAGUCCAGGGUAUUGCAAAAGGUUUCUCGCCUCAAAGUAGAGCUGCCUUUUGGAAAGAUGACAAAUAACAGAAGUCUCAUUGUAAACAUUCCAGAAGUUCGUUUAGAAAACUUCACGUUAAUUGUCGUCGAUCUUUACAGGCAGUGGGUCCUUCACAAUUUCAAGAAACUGUCCCAUGAUUUCAGGAAAAAGGAUGAGAUCAUAUCUGGACAUUGGGCACUGGUUUCUGGUUCUGUAAAGAACUCCAACGGAGAAAGUAUCCUUGUAUAUUUUGAUAAGCUGAUGGAUCCAUAUCUUCGACUUCAUACUACUGAUUAUCUCAACUACGGAGGCUUUGGUACAUUCCUAGCGAGAGAAAUAUCGAAAUCUUUGCUUUCUAUGGAAGUAGGAGAGCUGCCUGCUGAUCAAAAGACCACCUGGGACGCCUUGUUGAGUACUAGAAAUGCCAGUCGAUGCCUACUCAACUUUUUUGCAGAGAAUUUUGAUAUUGAUUCCGAGAAAAAUCGGCACGAUGCUACGCGAGUCAUCUUCUUGGAUAGAAUGUCUCUGGAAAUAGCAUACGAAAGUGCGAAAUCCAUGGUGUCCAGUAGCCCUGAUGACAUCUUACCUGGAUUAGACUUGAGAGAGUUCAAGAUGUUCUUUCUCGCUUACGCACAGGGUUAUUGCAGCAAUGAAGACGUAAGAGAUCCAACAGCAUACAUUCCAGUUCGAAAAAGGAUCAACGCUGCUGUGUCGAGUUUCCGUAGCUUCGCGGAUACUUUCCAAUGUGAUUCUCUUCCUGCAUGCCACCUGUGGAUGUGAACCAGCUUCCCGCGCAUUUUGCUCGAAAGAAAGGAACUUUAUUUUUACGUAAAAAAAAUGUCGCAGUCGAAUUGUGUUUCUUUUGUAAAUAAAUAUUAU